AUGGCGCAUCCCCCGCUCGCGCCUCCGCAGCGGGCGCGCCUGCCGUCGUCGCCGCUGCCGGUCCGGUCACCUGCACCGGACGGACGCCUCUCGCCACCGCCAUGGCCCAACCUCCGGUCACCGCCGUGGCUGCCGCCGCCGUGGCCACCACCGUAUUCCUCUGCAGUGCCCAAUCUGAUCGGCGCUGAGGCUGUCGUCACGCCGCCGCCAUCGCCCAUGGAGGUCGUUACUCCACCUCCUCAUCUGAGCACUCCCAGUGGCGGUGUGCGGCCCGAACAGGUUUUCCACGGGGCGUUCUUCUCGCCCCCUCGCGAGCAAUUAUAG